ACAUCCAGGCCACAAAGGCUGCGGUUCCUGUUACUCAGCAGCCUCAAAAACUCACACCAACUCCUGCAAGGAAUGUGAAUCUUGGAGGUCCCAGCUAUUCUGUUCCUGUUUCCAUCAGCUCCUUCCCUGAAAACUCAGAGGUGCUCAGCAUGCCACACUAAAAACCAAACUAAAAAGGUAAAGAACAAACGUCACAAGAUCUUGCAGACAUCUCAACUUUAAUGAGGACUUUCCAACAUUCCAGACUGCUGUCCUGCAAUGAAGCUCUGAGUCAUGGUCUGUGGGGCUAAGGUACUGGCAACAGUGUGAACCCCAGGACAACUAACCUCACUAACCUUCACUCUAAGCAGAAGCCCAGAGUGAGUCUGGCCUGAAAUCUUUGUUAAUGGAAAGAGGAAAGAAGAAAAGAAUUUCCAAUAAGUUACAACAAACUUUUCACCAUUCUAAAGAACCCACUUUCCUUAUCAACCAAGCUGGGUUUCUCUCUAGUGACUCCUAUUCUAGCCUUUUGCCAGAAACAGAGAGUGUUAAUCCUGGUGAAAAGAUUAAGACAGACACUCAGAAAAAGAGACCUGGGACUGUGAUACUAUCAAAACCGUCAGGUAGAAGAAUUAUAUCGGAAAGCCAGCUUAGCCCCCCUGUGAUCCCGGCCCGCAGGCCUGGAUUCCGGGUGUGCUACAUCUGUGGUCGAGAAUUUGGGUCCCAGUCAAUUGCCAUUCAUGAACCCCAGUGCUUGCAGAAGUGGCAUAUUGAAAACAGUAAGUUGCCCAAGCACUUGAGGAGGCCAGAACCCUCCAAACCACAGUCUCUGAGCGGCAGUGGGUCCUACAGUCUUCAGGCAAGUAAUGAGGCUGCAUUUCAGAGUGCCCAGGCUCAGCUGCUGCCCUGUGAAUCCUGUGGCCGCACAUUCUUGCCAGAUAAUCUUCUUGUUCAUCAGAGAAGCUGCAAGCCAAAGGGUGAGGGUGCCAGAGCACCACAAUCAAACAGUUCUGAUCAUCUUACUGGCCUCAAGAAAGCUCGUAGUGGAACCCCAGCCCGACCAAGGACUGUUAUCUGCUACAUUUGUGGUAGGGAAUUUGGCACCCUGUCCCUUCCUAUUCAUGAGCCCAAAUGCCUGGAAAAGUGGAAAAUAGAAAAUGACCAGCUCCCUGUGGAGCUCCACCAGCCACUCCCACGGAAGCCUCAGCCCCUUCCGACUGCACAGUCCAGCCAAGCGGGACCAAGUCAAGCUCAGCUUGUGUCCUGCCCAAAUUGUAGCCUAACCUUUACCUCAGACCGCCUUCUGGUACACCAGAGAAGUUGUAAAACUCAGCCUCAGGGGCCAAAAGAUCAGAAUUUGACCUUAGGGAGUAAAGGAGGCCUAAAAGAGUCCACUAAUUCCAAGCAGCAAAGGAACAGGGCAGCACCCAGUGUAACUGAUAGGGUAAUUCAUGCCACACAAGAGGCUUUAGGUGAACCUGGUGGCACCCUCUGCCUAUAGGGGAACGAGAGAAAACUAUCCCUAGAAUCAGUCACCUCACCCCCUAGUAUUUUUUCUAUCAAUGCCUUACAUCAGCCUCAAUGCAGCCUGUUCAAGUUAACUCCCUGUGGAACUCCAGGGCCUAUAUCUCUCUUGGCUGAAUAGAUACAAGAACAUCCUUGCCUGAUGGGUUCAUAUUCCUCUUCAGUUCUGCUGUCUAAAAGAAGAAGAGAUGGACUUCUUUCUUCCCUGAUCCCUGAUACAAAUAAUCCCCAGGAGACUGUAAUUUGAAAAUGAGUCAUUAAUGCUGUGUCUACAUCACAGAGAUAUAAUUCCCAUUCCAACAGCCAAUAUUUAUUGCUGGUUUAUUUUAGUCAUCUACCUUAGGAAUUCAUUUUUGGCACUGCUGGGUUAUGCUGAGUUUAUCUUACUAAAAUAGAAUCUGUGUCAAAAACCCCAAAUGACUUUAGUAACAAUUAAACACUGAAGAACUUGCAAAAAUACA